CAUCACUUUUCAGCUCCGGCCCCAACAUCUGCUACAGCACACAUUGCAAACCUUUGCGUUGCAGAUUAUGACAGGUUGGAUGCUUUUUAUGAUCCAGUAUCAUGUCAUCGACUCAAUAACUUGAAAGAAGCUGAAAGUGAUCCAGCACACAUCCGACCUGACCAAAUUAUCUUUUCAAUUCGCUUUCCUCAUCCUGGUCUUACUAUGACUCGCUGGUUUCAGUUCAUAGCCACAUCAAUCAGAUUGGAAAUUGAAUACUUGCCAGAAUAUCACUACGAAACAGAUCCAGAAACAAAGGAGUCACCAACAUUUACAUUUGAUGCUAGAAUGGCAUACAGAACUGCAACAAAUGGAACCUGGGAAAAGUUGGCUGAAGCUCGUGAAAACAGAUCGCUUGUCUGCCAUUUUACUAAGUCACAGUCUGGAGCUGAUGAUGGUUUCUACAAUUGCGAGGAGAUCCCCUUCUUUGAAAUCGGCAGCGUACAUUACGAAGAAUACCUGGUCAACAUAAGGCUCCCAGCUAAACACUGGAAUAACAAAAUUGGAAAAAUCUCUGAAUUCAACUUUGUGGAAAUUCAUCAAAAUGGAGGCUUUACCAAGAUGUGGUUCACAAUCAAGACAAUUGUUGGUCCAAUUAGUAUAAUUAUACUUAUUUGGUUUGUUAAGAGAGUCAAGAGUCUGAGUAGGGAUCCUAUGCUCCUUGAAAAGGCACUCUUUGCUUUGGGUGUUACCACAGCAUUCAUGAACUUUCCCUUUGAGUGGUUGACUUUGUGGUUAAACAUGCCGUUCAUGUUACUGUUUUCUGACAUUCGUCAAGGAUUGUUCUACGGUAUGCUCAUGUGCUUUUGGAUUAUCUUCACCGGCGAGCAUUUAGUGGACCGACCUGAAAGAAACAGGCUAAAAACUUACUGGCGGCAGAUUGGUGCAAUUGGAUUUGGAUGCUUGUCUUUACUUGUUUUUGACUUGUGUGAGAGAGGCUAUCAGCUGCACAAUCCAUUCUACACUAUCUGGGCGACCAAACUCGGAAGCAAAUUAGCUUAUGCCUUUAUCAUUUUCGCUGCUGUUUGCGCAAGCUUGUACUUCCUGUUUCUCUGUAUUAUGAUAUUUAGAGUGUUCUGGAACAUCCGGGGUAAGAGAGCUGCGGUUCCGACCAUGUCCCGCGCGAGACAGCUUCAGUACCAGGGCUUGAUCUACCGUUUUGAAUUCCUGAUGGUGGUUACAGUCCUGUGCGCUGGGCUGACUGUGGUGUUCUUUAUCAUAAGCAAUGUGAACGAGGCUCAGUGGAAAUUUGGAGAUGAGGAGUCCACUGUGGAGAUUUCAAGUGCUUUGUUCACUGGAAUCUAUGGGAUGUGGAAUACCUACGUGUUUGCCGUGGUUUUCUUAUACGCACCAUCACGCUCUGUCCCAGCCACAGAUAACCCAGAGGAACACGAGAGAUUAGAACUACGAAGCCGCACCGAGGUGCGUCUAACAGAAGGCGAGGCUGCGGAAGAGUCCGUGAUUUACCAAUUCACUGGGAAAACUGCAAGAGAAUAACUUAAUAUAUAAUGAAGGAAUACAGGAGUGUAUGCGACUAAAUGGACCUCACACAAGCUAUUUUUAUUUACGGAGAAAGACUACAGCGAGUCCUACUAUUAAAUUAACGCGCUACUUUGUUUAUUUUCUUUGGUUUGUUUUCUAAAUGUAUACUGUAUAUAGACUAAAUUAAGCUUAGCAAUGAGCAUGUCCUACGAGUUGUUAAAGAAUUAUUUUUACAAUUUUACAAUAACUGCAAAAAUUCUCGAGUGCUCCUGAUUGGCUAAUUUUCAUUGUCAAUAAGCGGACAGACGGAUGAAUUCAUAAUCUAUGCGAUGUUGACGCGACGAGCGAGAUCGGACAAGUUGACAAUGUGUAAAAAACAAAGGAGUCUGCGGAUCCACUCGGCUAUCGCUCGUGGAUCCACAGCUACUUUGACAGUGUUUUGACGAAAUUCAUGAUCAACUUCAGGACAGACGCAUGAAAAACUGACGCCAAUUUGUUAAACUAACACGCUGUAGCCAUUUCGGUCUCUUUGAAAUAUAGGGUAACUAUGUCGAAUAAUUUCCGCAAAAUUUGACUUCAAAAUUUUCAUUUAAAUAGUAGUCCUGCACUUACGAAAACCUAGCGAAAUAGUAAGCUAAUAAAAAACUUUUUUUACUGUCGGUAAAGUUAACGAUGGAGUUUGGUUUCACAGCCAAUUACAGGAAACUGUCGAUCGAAGUCUUUGCCAGGAGUCUGAGAUUUACAUGUAAAAGCUGUUCCCUUGACUUUAAUUUAUUUAUUGUAAGUUUAUUGCAGUUGUUCCCGAGUUCUCCUCUGACCAAAUACAUGGGACACCUCAACAAAAUGAAGGCUUCUUUUGCCCUCAUCACGUGACCCGUGCCAUUUUUCGCUUCUAUUGCAGUUUUUGUUUUGUUUUUGAAAUGGCGAAAAAUUUGAUUACAAGAGUAGAAACACUAAGGCUAGCAACCUCGUUCCCAGGGUCUUCUCUCUAGAGAGAGGACCCUGGGAUCGAGCCAGUAGACGCUGAAGGAAGAUGUCAAGUGGAAUGAAAUAAAACGUUGAAUUUCCAACACA